AUGACCAAGGUAGACCACGGACUCGCCUCCUCCCGGCGCAAGUCGCGCAAGGCGCACUUCAGCGCGGGCUCAACCCAGCGCCGCUCCAUCAUGAGCGCUCCCCUCUCUAAGGAGCUCCGCGAGAAGCACAAUGUCCGAUCCAUCCCCAUCCGCAAGGACGACGAAGUCACCAUCGUGCGCGGCUCCAACAAGGGCCGCGAGGGCAAGGUCACCGCCGUCUACCGCCUCAAGUACCUCAUCCAAAUCGAGCGUGUCACCCGCGAAAAGUCCAACGGCCAGAGCGUGCCCGUCGGCGUCGCCCCCUCCAAAGUCGUCAUCACCAAGCUCAAGACCGACAAGGAUCGCGAGAAGAUCCUCGAGCGUGUCGGCAAGGGCCGUGAGUUCCACAAGGAGCGUCGUGAGAAGGCCGCGGAGAAAUAA